CAAGAGAGAGAAAGAGAGACUGCAUGUGCGCCUUUGCUGCUUUUUCUCUCUGUCUCUCCGCUUUCGCAGUAUACAUAGGUAGUAACUAGUAGUAGUAUUGGUAUAUAGUUGUGUGUAUAUCCGAAGGGGACUCGCGCGAGCGAUAUAGUAGCAGCAGCACGCCGCAGUUCAGUGUUCUCGCGCGAGCGCAACUUGGAGCGCCCGUGUACACACACACACGUAUAUAGCUUUGUAUAGUACUACUAUACCACUAUAUUUUGACCAUCACUGCUCUGUGCUGCUGCUGUUGCACAGGAUAUACAAAGCCACACACGCGCGCAGCGCAAAUUUUUUUAUCGUAAUAAUAACCGCGAGGCGUCUGUUCUUCUGCUAUCUAUAUAAACUCGGACAGUGCGCGAGAUGAGUACAAGCAGUUUAUUAUAGCAGUUGCCAUAAUACAUUAAACUGCCUGCGACUGCCUGCCUGCCGCGCUGCUGCUGUGGAAAUCAUCAUCUUAUACUCGUGCGUGGCUAUCCGAGAGUGUGUUGCUGCUGCUCCGUUUUUGUUUUUUGUUUUCAUUUGUUGACGAUCGCGCGUCUCUUUGUGUGUGUGUUUAUACGUGCGUUGUACAGCUACAAAAUCGGAGUUGUUACUGUGUGUAACGAUAUUCUAUAUAUAUCGUGUUGUAGUGCAGCUGUAUCGUUAUUUUAUACACCUGCUGCAGUGGUCAUUGAGCAGAAGUGUCCAGUGUCUUUCUCUCUCUCUCGAGUUUGUGCGUGCUUGUGUGUUGGUGACUAGUGUCGAUAUUGUUGCAGAACGAUGAUGGCACGAUAGACAGCAGCCUAUUUUAACGCGUAACCGGCCCAUCGACAGUUUACGCGAAAAACGAGGGAUUAUUUUUGUUGUCAUGUGCCUGCCUGCAGUGCUCCGAAGACUGACUUAUAGCUCUGUACAAUAACAAGAAGACGAUCAGCUCUAUAGCGCAUCGAUGCACGUAUAGGCCGCACAUCUGCACAUGCAGCGCAACGAUAAUCAUGACAACGACGGCGACGGCGACGAUGCUGAUGCUGACUGCGGCGACCGUUCAGCUGCCACUGCUCGAGUGCUCGACGAUGCACCAACGCUGCUGCACAGUAGCUCUUUUAGCGUGAUAAUAAAAUAGUGCGGAUCGCGAUUGCACGAAGACGACGACGACGACGACGACGGAAACCGCGUCGAGUGUGUGCUGCCCGCAGGUGACGGAAGUGCCUCGAAAUAGACCAUAAUAAAGCAUUUCGAAAAAAAAGAUAAAUAGAGAGAAAGAGACGACGGCAUAUACUACAGUCGACCGCACGCGCGUGUGUACAUAUAUUAUCUCUCUCCGUGGUGUGCGAAUCUCACGUACGCACACACAAACACACACGGGGAUAUAAUCAUCAUCUCUCCAAAGACGACGACGACUACGGAGUCUCGGGACUUUUGUUGUGGGAGUCGCGCUAGACAUGCUGGCGGCCGCCGCUGGCGCGACUAUUAGGGCCUCCUCCGCUGCUGCUGCUGCUACUACGACCAUUGCGAGCUCCAAUACCGCUACUAGCGUUGCUGCCGCUGCAGCUGCCGCCGCUUUAGCCGCCGCCGCUGCACCGUCGUCAUCGACGGCGACCACGACGUCGACGUCGACCUCGGCCAUCCUCGGAGCGGCUCUGCUCGAUCCCGUCAACAUGGACGCGACCAUCGAGAGGGAAUGCUCCGCGCUGGGAUGCCUGUUCCAGCAGAUCAUUCAGGACAUGAAGAAUGGAGCACCUCUGUGGGAAGACCUCAUCUCCAAAGCUACGAAGCUGCACUCUUGUCUCAAAACUGCCAUAGUCGCUAUUUCCGCAUACCUCGAGGCCUUUCAAAAGAUCGCCGAUGCCGCCACCAACGCCAGAGGUGCCACGCGAGAAAUCGGCACCGCUCUCACAAGGAUAUGCCUCAGACACAAGGCCGUGGAGACCAGAGUGAAGUCGUUCACCUGCGCCAUCAUGGACUGCCUCGUCGUUCCGCUGCAGGAAAAGCUCGAGGACUGGAAGAAAUCGCUCGUUUAUCUCGACAAAGAGCACGCCAAGGAGUACAAAAAAGCCAGAUCCGAGCUGAAGAAAAAGUCGAGCGACACGCUGCGCUUGCAGAAGAAGAACAAAGCUCGCAAGGGCUUGCAGCCGCAGCAGAUAUAUGGCACGCUGCCACACGGCAUCGGCCACGCCAACAGCGGUGGCGGUGGCGCGUCGGCGGCCGCGGCCCACCUCUACCACGGCACCAACGCCAACGCCAACAACGCCAACGAUCCGGAAUACGGCAGAUUGCUCGAGUCCUCGGCCGCCGGCGUGCAAGAAAAGCGACAGACGCUCGAGGAGACCGAGAGAAAGGCCGUGAGGAUGGCUCUUCUCGAGGAGCGCGGCAGAUUUUGUCAAUUUGCCAAAUGCCUAAAGCCCGUGCUCGACGAAGAGAUCGCCAUGCUCAUGGAGAUGACGCAUCUGCAAGAGGUCGCGGAUCAGCUCGAGAAGCACACGGCAUCGCCGCAACAACUGCCACCGGCCUCCGAGCAGGUGAUCAUCGACCUGAAGGGCCGCGACUCGAGCCAGUGGUCGAUGGCGACGCCACCCUCGAGUCCGUCGCUCUCGCUCGGCUCGCGCAAGAGCUCGGUCUGCUCGAUAAGCUCGCUCACCAGCAGCAGCAGCGGCUCGUGCAAAAGUCAUCCGAGUCCGUCGGCGGGUCACCCGUCCUCGGCUUGGCACAGAUCCACCGCGCAGCAGAGUCUACGCACGACUGCAAUGUUGAAUCAUAAAAAAGAGAAUCGCAGAUCGUUAGAUGACAUUAAUCCUUUCAGUGACAGAUUAGACCUUGAUUCACGUAGUAGUAGAGCUUCCAUAUUCAGUAGUCAAAGAAACAUGACCAUGAAAACACUGACAAAUUUACCGGACACUAAAGCAAAACUUCUAGAAGAACUGCGUGGCAUAACGAGGAAGAUGAAGCCGGCCAAUGGUAUGGUAACGUUGCGUUACCAUCGCGCUAUCAACAGUGGAUCGCGUGAUUCUGGAUUCACGUCGCUUCAGGAUACGUAUCUCCAACCGACGUACAAAAAACAGAUCUCGUGCCCGCUGCCACAGUCAGACAACAGAUCUUCCACAUCAACGACAUGGUCUGAUGUACAGGCAGAUUGCGUGAACGUUCAAAAUCUGGGAGAUGACCCCAAUGCUGCUAACGAAAGGCCUCAUACUAUUUCCACAGCAUACGAGAAGGGUCAUCAAAGGCCAGCUCUAAGCGCGUACACGUUCCAAUCACCGGAGCAAAGUAACAGCAGCAGUCAGCCGGCCUCUCCAGUUUCGGGAUCUGGUACGGCGAACGCUCUGCCGCAGAACGCCGGAAAAUUGCAGCCGCAGCAACAAAGGAAAAACAGCAGCGGCAGUAUAGGUCGCGAGCGGCCGCCAAUCCCGAAUAGGUGUUCCAGUUUGGAGAGGCCUGCCGUGCCAGCGCGAAUCGAUUCGAUGCCAGAUAGCAGCAGCGCGACGACCGCAGCAGCGCCGACGACGACGACGACGACGGCGACGGCGGCGGCGACAGCCACGCUGCUGCAGCGACCCACUAUUGCGUCUGGCUUCGUCAAUACCGAUAGUCCCAUCAAAUCGAGAGCCAAAUUGCCAAUACCCGCUGGCAUACCCGCCCAUCUGGCCAGAGAAAUAGCGUCUCACCAGCCUCACCUGUUCCAACAACCCAUGUACGUUAAUAUGCACGAGUUGGCUAGUUUGGCGGCGAGCCGAGCACAGGAAAUGCACACCCCACCCGUGGCAGCGGCGGCAGGUGCAGCAGCUGCUAAUGACGCAUCGAAUAAUGCCAUCAACGUUACCGAAUCUAAUAGGAUUUACGGCACAACGACGAGAAACAUUUCGUCGUUAGCAACUGUGCCCAACGAAAACAUCAACAACAACAACGAGCAGCGAUCUCUCGGCAUUGGCGGUGUGACGCAGCGAAGAAACUCGCUUCAGCAGCAGAGCACCGGCAACAACAGCAGGCCGUCACCGCCCACGCGACGAGUGUCGGCGGGAGUCGUGGAGAAUCACGACGAUCGACCGUUGCAGCAUCACGGCGAUGAUCUCGAUAACUUGCCACCGCCGCCGGCUUUUCUGCUCGAGGGCAGCUCACCGCCGAAUGCUACUGGCAGCCCAGCCAUGCAACGGCGGUAAGAGAUCAAUUCACUUGAAUCCGGAGA